UGAAAUCAGGAGAGCUCAGACUUGCAGACUAAAAUUGUCCUCUGAAUUGACUGCAGUGAGAUUCCCUUUUUCUCCUGAAGUCCGCCUGCUAAGCUGUGCAUCUACACUGCUUACACAGCUUGCACAAGCAGACUGAUUGAUCAGGAUGCACUAAUGUUUGAUGAAGCCGAGUAUCACGGAAAUCCCUACCAUUGGUGAUGCUGUCGCCAAAAAUAUAUUUCCCCCUUAGGCCCCCAGAAGGGCCUUAAUAGUAGGGUAAUUAAAACGAUGACUUCACAGCACAAUAAUUUAUAUGAGAGCAGCUGUUUAUUUAGUAGAUCAAUACAUGAGACCUGUCAAUGGUAACUAUUGAUGGUGUUGACAAUUAUAACUCCUCAAUGGCUGUUGUUAAUUGAGAUUUCUUUCAGUUAAGUGUCAAAUACAAAAAUUUAACUGUGACAAUUUUCAGGGGGCGGGGAGGAGGGGGGUGUCUGUUUGAAAUUGUCCAUAUUAAACUCACAACCCAAUUACACAAGCCAUAUUAUGUAUGUUGCAGUUGAAUUUACAAUAUAAAAGGCAUUCAUUAGUUGUGGCACAGUGAUGCUAUUGUUAAGCAUUGGUACGGAGAAUAUUUUUGAAUGAUUUAAAGAUUUGAUUCUAGUUGGGGACGCUCUAAUCAUUAUCAAUGAGCACCAAUAAUUAACAGGCAACUCCUGGUUGAAAUGCAAAAUUUUGAUUUAGUAGGACUUCUUGUGACUAUUUGUAAUCCAGUUUCUUUGUUGAGGGGCAACUGGAACCCAGGAAGUCGAGUCAUCAAAGAGUCAUGAGAGUGUGGAUUCCUUACUGCACAGAUUGCACUUUGCAGCAGAAUGUGUUAUCAAAUCCGCCUUCUUGGGAAAGGAAAUCUGUCAUCUUCAUUUUCCUGUCUCAUUGCCGCGGCCUGGGAGAAGAAGAGGGAGUGGCCUUUUGGGCGGGGCAUGGGGUGGCGUGGCUGUAGGCCUUGCUAUGUGUGAGGAGGCUCAGGUAAGGCCAUGGAGACCGAAGGCUACAGCCACCUCCUGGAAACAAGCGAUGGCAUGGGGGGUGGAGAGGGCCUGGAAGGCCCGGGCGGGGCCGGUUCGGACACCGGGUGGUACCUGCCCUACCCCGUCAGCUUCCAGGUGUCCCUGACCAGCUUCCUCAUGCUGGAGCUGGUGCUGGGCUUCAGCAGCAACCUGACCGUGCUGGUGCUCUACUGCGCCCAGUCCAACCUGGUCGACUCGGUCAGCAACAUGGUGACGGUCAACCUGCACGUGCUGGACAUCAUCGUGUGUGUGCUGUGCCUGCCGCUGACCGUGGUGGUCAUCCUGCUGCCGCUGGACGGCAACCUGGCGCUGCUGUGCUGCUUCCACGAGGCCUGCGUCACCUUCACCAGCAUUGCCACCGCCGUCAACGUGCUGGUGAUCAGCGUGGACCGCUACGACAUCUCGGUGCGCCCAGCCAACCGGCUGCUGACCCCGCGGCGCGCGGCUCUGCUGCUGGCUGCCGUGUGGGCCGUGUCGCUGGCCGUCUUCUUCAUCCCCUUCCUGGAGAUGGAGUUCUUCACCGGGGCGGACGACGAGGUGGACGACCCCAACCUGGCACCCCUGUGGCAGAACAGGACGCUGCUGUGCGUGGGGGGGCAGGGGUACCACACGGAGCUCACCAUGUACUACCACCUGCUCCUGCAGGUGCCCAUCUUCUUCACCGCUGUGGUGGUCAUGCUGUUCACCUACACCAAGAUCCUGCAGGCCCUCAACAUCCGCAUUGGCUCCCAUUUUAGGAGGAGUCAGCGGCUGAAGGGCUCAUCCUGCAAGGGACGCCGCAAAAGGCGCAAGAGGAAGGGGUUAGUGGGGGGAGGAGGGGGCUCGUCCACACAGACCAGACACCUUUCCCAGCCCCCUCUCAUUCCCUCUCCCACUCCAACCCCUACCUCACCACCUCCGCUCUCCUCAAUUCCCCAGAUCGCCUCUGAUAGUGGAGCCACUCCUAUCAUCUCCCCUAGUGCUGCCCCUACUCCUGCACCCACUCCCUCUCCUGCUCCCGCCCCCGCCCCCGCCCACGCAACCAUGGGCGUUCACGCCUCGGUGUCGGCCAUCAUCGCGCUGCGGCGGGCCGUGCGGCGGCACCGCGACCGGAGGGAGCGCCAGCGGCGCGUCUUCAAGAUGUCGCUCAUCAUCAUCUCCACCUUCCUGGGCUGCUGGGCGCCCAUCUCCGUGGUGAACAUCAUGAUCCUCAGCCUGGGCCCCAGCGACUGGCUGGUGAGGCUGCGGCUCUGCUUCCUGGCCCUGGCAUACGGCACCACUAUCUUCCACCCGCUGCUCUACGCCUUCACGCGGCAGAAGCUGCGCCGUGCGCUCCGGAGCAAGGUGAAGAAGCGGGUGGUGUCGCUGCUGCAGGUGGACCCGGUGCCCAGCGGCACCGUCAUACACAACUCCUGGGUGGAGCCGCGGAAGGGCCGCCGCAUGCGGCUGGAGGGCAGCGAUGCCACUGACCGCUGCCUCACAGAAGCUGUGCGCGAGUGAGAGACCGAAGAGAGAGAAAGACUGAGGGGGCAGAGAGAGUGGAACAGAGGGAGAGAAAGAAAGAGAGUUAAGGGGGGAAUAGUGUUUAUGUUUGCGUGUGUGCUUUUAUGUGUGUGUGUGAGUGUGUGUGUGUGUGUGUGUGUAAUUUAAAUCUUGGUGGUUUUAAGGAAAUAUAAUCCUUCUGGCAUUUGUGUAGACAAAUGUAUGAAACCAGGUAUGUACAGGUGUUCUAAUUAAGCCCUGCUCUCAUAAAAGCCCUCCUUGUUUGUCACGAUGAUUAUCACAUCAUAGCCACCUCUGUCCCAUGGCCCUUAUUUCAUCAUGAUAACCAUUUAACACACUAUCAUACACUGAGCGUGUGCACAGACAUUCACACGCACACUAAGCUGGUAGGUCUUAGGUGCUCAGUCCUGGUUGUGAACAGCAAGUUUGUUGAACACAACUGGAGGCCUGGUGUUCUUGUGUCCAGUAAUUACGACCUUCAUUCAACCACUUGUCAGAGUACUGAGAUAGUUUGUCAUUUUGGUGGUUUUUACACUAGUUUUUCCCAGCCCAAGUGUCCAUCUGUAAAAAUACUCUCAAACACUUCAGUGUAUGGUUGGAUUUCUGUAGUGUGCAACCAAAUAUAAGAGAAAAGAACAAUUAGUACAAAAACUGAUUUGCACCCCCAGCAAAUGCAAACAGCCUUCAAGAAAGCUGGACAACCUACAGAAGGACUCCAGUACCAGGACUUGGCACCUCUGCAAAGGACAACCAUGAUAAACAUUGCAUGGGUACCAUUUUAAAUAGUACCUGACAAAUGCAGUCUGAGAAGCAUGCAGAACUAUCCAUGAUACCCUUAUACAAUAUAUAACCAGAAAACAAUGUAGAAAUUACUCAUGCCUUAAUUUCUUUUGAGCCUGUGAUGAGUGACACGUGUUGGAGAUGUGUGACAGGUAUGUAUGUGUACAUGCUGCAAUUGAGCAUUAAUGGGUCUGCGUGUGUAUCAGUCUGCCGGUAUUUGCUGAAUAUACCAAGACUGAACUGUCUCUGUCCAUGAUGAGCAAAG